UCCAUUGCAUAACGAAUCACUCAAUCGUACCAUUAUUUUGUUAGUAAAUUACUGGAUAAUUCCUCUGGAAAAAUGAAUAGAGUUAAUUUCAAUAGUGAAGAAGAAGUUAAGGAGUAUCUCCAUAAUCUUGAAACGGAGUACAACUACCAGUGUCACCGUGAAAAGACGGGGGAAGGUUGCUACAGACUGGGAGAAUUCUAUGCAUCCAUAAAAGGUGACUUUGAAAAAGCCACGUCUGCAUAUAAUCUGAGCUGCACUAAGUACAACCAUGUUGUAGCAUGCAACAAGUUAGGAGCAUUACAUCUGUAUGGAAGAGGUGUUACCAAAGAUAGAAAAAAGGCUGUAGAGUAUUUCACAAAGAGCUGUGAUGGAGGAUACAUGACAGGGUGUUACGGUGCUGGUGUCGCACUGAGUGGCGGCGAGACUCGGGAUGUCCCCAAAGCAGUCGAGUGCCUCAAGAAAGCCUGCGAUAGUGACCACCAAGAAAGCUGUUAUCAACUCGGAAGCAUUUACCUGCAGGGUUUAGAUACUGUUCAGAAGGACAUGCGAAAAGCCUUCCAGUUUACAUUGAAGAGCUGUAAGCUCGAUCAUGUCUAUGGCUGUGCUAAUGUUAGUCGUAUGUACAAGCUUGGGGACGGCACGGCGAAGAAUGAGAAAUUAUCACAAGAAUACAAAGAGAAAGCGAAGGACUUGCAACGACAGGCAAAGGAGAAAUCGGCACAGAUGAAAUUUGGAGAAACGGGUGGAAAAUGAUGUUGUUGAAAACUUAGAUCAAAUUAGGAUUUAGCAAUUUCAAGUUUUAAAAUUAAUAUUGUGAAAAACUUAAUUAAAAUUGGGUAUUGAACAACCAAAGAUAUUUAGGUAGUUUGGGGGCCGGAGUUUUAAAGUGAGCUGUGAACUAAGGAAUAUUUUAUAAACAUAAAUCCCACUUUUUGCCAUCAAGUGUUUAUCAGUGAGAACUAACCUGCACAUUUUUUUUUAUGUAGCUAUUUUUUUAUUUACUGUCUCAAAAUAUUUAGGUUCAGCAACAUUUGUUUGCAUUAUGCUUUAUAUUUUGACAAAGAAUUAUGGAAAUAGAAAGCAAAACUUUCUACCUCUACCUGAAUGUUCCAAAAUAAAAAUGUUAGACGUCUUAGCGUUCUAUUGCUCUAGACUUGGAGGGGUUGUGGGUGCGAAUCCCACCCAAGUUCAAGUACAUGAUGUAUACGGUGCUUAUCACGCUUCGGUGUGUGAGAUAAAGAAGAGAAAAACUGUCUUUAUCUUUUAUGCAAUUCAACAUUUUUUACUAAAAUUCUUUGUUACUUUAACGAGUAAGGGUUUCGAACUGUUUGUUUUUGCCAAAUUGUACUUUUUUUUAAACAAAAAUACAGGUCAAUAUUUGUUACUUAGUUGCUUCAUCCAUUUUAUGGUUGUAUUGUAUUGUGAUACCAAAGAUGUAUGUUUAUCGACACAACAAGAUGCAGGGCCUAGCAUUAACCAAUCACAACAAGCACCUUGAAUAGCUUUCACCAAUCACAGAAGGAUGCUGAAUAGCAUUAACCAAUCACAACAGGAUGCAGGGUCUGGUUUUAACCAAUCAAAACAAGAUGAUGGACAGCAUUGACCAAUCACAACAAGAUGCUGGACAACUUUGAUCAAUCACGUUAAGUCACAGGACAGUAUGGGGCUUGAAAAGUCCAAUGAUAACUGGGGGUGGAUCCUCUCUCGUUGUAAAACCAGGCCUACUUCAUCUUUGAACAUGUUGAAAGGGCAAGGCCAUUUCCAUUAGAAAAUCUUAAAGUCGGGUGGAAACUUUUAAAGGGCACAAAGGCCAAGACCAGUAAUUCCAGACCUGCCAGUGCAUUUUGAAGCUACCCCAGACCACAGCAGUUUUUGAAACAAGGCAUGUAGGCAUAAUAGGUUUAUUUUCAUUCAUGACAAUGCUAGUAGUGAAACACGACAUCAAAAUCCACUUGACCUCCCAUAAAUUAACUUUCAUGUGUACCACUGCAGAAUAUAAGUUGUUUUAUCACUUUAUAGUACUUUCACAUUUUCGAAAAGGAUUCUUCCUUGGUUGGUUUAAACGUAAACAUUGCAUACAACAACCAUCUAAGCUAUGUACGUACUUCACUAUACUCGAUUUUAUUCUGAGAAGUCUCCCAAACAUCAGAUAAAUCUACUCCGCAGUACUCCGCAGUAGUAGAUUUUAAAAAAGACAG